AACCUAAAUACAGGUUAAUAGCAAGCAAAAGGCACGAUCGAUGCAAGAGUUCGUGAUGCGACCAGAGCAAAAGCGGAAGUUUCUGCAAAGGCUAGAAUGAAACAACGGAGCCUCCUGGUGUUGGUUUUGUGACACAUGGUGAAUAGUCUACAAACUCCCUCGCUUUUAUGGUUUUACCAUAAUGGCUCAAAAUUUUUCAACUAACGGUCCGUUUGUGUGAAAUUACACUAUGCCCCAAGUUUGAAAUAACGUCUGGAUAUCCUUGCUCCACGUAUACUGGUUUGACUGGCUGUAACUUUCAGCCUGUGCAUUCCAGCCUCCUCCUAUAUCAUCUCUGCUUUUGUGGAACUGACGAAGGCUAGAUAUUUGAUAUUUCUCCCUGUCCAUGUAUCUUCCCAUGAUCAAUUCCAUUUCUCUUCAAGGAAGGCUACCCAUGCCAGCACUACUGGUCCUUCUACUUCUUGUUUUGUGCACUGCAGCUUGCCACGCUAAGGAUGAUCCUCAUCACUGUGAGCCUUCUUCCUGCGGCAACAUCCACAACAUAAGUUACCCUUUCCAACUCAAUGAUGAUCCAAACAAGUGCGGUAAAUCAAUGUAUAACUUGUCUUGUGAGAAAAAUGUCACUGUAUUACACUUGUAUUCAGGAAAAUAUUAUGUGCUUGCGAUCAAUUAUGGAAACUACACAAUCCGAGUUGUGGAUGCCAAUAUUCGUAAGGAUAAUUGCUCUUCAAUCCCUCGUAAUUCGUUGGCCAGCUAUAACUUCAGUGAGGAGGAUCCAUACAGCAUUGAUAUGUUGAAAGGUCAAGGUCACAUUUAUUGGGGGGACGCGCAUAGGUUUGAAUUGUCAAAGCCUAUAAUCUUCAUGACCUGUGACACUCGGCCGGUGAGUUCGUAUCUCUAUAUGGAUACUGCUCCUUGCAUUAAUGCACAGAGUGGGCAUCCUUUUGUUCUCACAGGAGGCUUAAAUGCCUCGGAUUUGUGGGAUUCAUGUCGCAUAGAGCUGAUGGUCUUGACAUCAUCGUCGAUUGGUACAAAGGACAUUAACAGUUCCUACAUUGACAUCCACAAUGAGCUGCUCUAUGGUUUUGAACUUUCAUGGUAUUACAGCUACCGUGGAUCGCGUACCUAUUGGGAAUGCUAUGUCGACACUGAUACCAACACAGUUGAUUGUGGCUCCAGGUAUAGUACCUUGGACGUCAUAAAAGAUCUACCUGAACUAUUUGCAGAAUUAUUCAUUGGUGUAACUCCAACGGCAGUACUUGGGGCGACUGCAAUAAAAGCUAUAUUCGGAAUUCCAUGUGUGGUUGUCCUUUUAAUCUUGAAGUUGAAAAGACGACAUUUAUCAAUGUUCAACGUUAUUGAAGAAUUCUUACAAAGUCACAACAACCUCAUGCCUAUACGGUACUCCUACUCCAACAUCAAGAAGAUGACCAAAGGAUUUAAGGAUAAAUUGGGGGAAGGAGGUUAUGGCUCUGUGUAUAAAGGAAAGCUUCGGAGCGGUCACCUUGUUGCUGUUAAGAUGUUGGGAAAUUCCAAAGCUAAUGGGCAAGAUUUUAUGAAUGAAGUUGCUACCAUUGGAAGAAUUCAUCAUGUAAAUGUGGUGCGACUAAUUGGCUAUUGUGCUGAGGGAUCAAAGCGUGCUCUUAUAUAUGAGUACAUGUCAAAAGGGUCUCUUGAUAAACACAUAUUUCCUAAAGAAGGACUCAUUUCCUUAAGUUGCAAGGAAGCAUUUGAAAUUUCCCUAGGAGUGGCUCGUGGUAUUGAUUAUCUGCAUCAAGGAUGUGAUAUGAAAAUUUUGCAUUUUGAUAUCAAGCCACACAACAUUCUUCUUGACGAGAAGUUUGUUCCCAAGAUUUCAGACUUCGGUCUGGCAAGAUUAUGCCGAUCAGAUGAAAGCAGUUUAAUUUUGACCGCAGUAAGAGGAACCUUUGGAUACAUAGCUCCAGAAUUUUUUUACAAGAAUAUUGGAGGUGUGUCAAACAAAGCUGAUAUCUAUAGUUUUGGAAUGUUGUUGAUGGAAAUUGCAGGGAAAAGAAGGAAUUUAAAUGCACUUGCAGCAAAUACGAGCCAAAUUUACUUUCCUUCUUGGGUGUAUGACCAGUUCAAUGAAGAAAAGGAGGUGGAAAUUGAAGAUGCCACGGACGAGGAAAAGAAAAUAACAAAGAAAAUGCUCAUGGUAGCAUUGUGGUGUAUACAAAUGAAGCCUAGUGACCGUCCUAAUUCGAUGAACAAAGUAGUAGAGAUGCUUGAAGGAGAAGUUGAAUUCAUUCAAAUGGCUCCGAAACCUUUCCUAUAUCCACAUGACAUGCCAGUAGGAUGAUGAGGAUGAUUCCGAAACAACUUUGUCAUCAUCACUGCCAUUGAAAAAUGAAGCUCAAGAGUCAAUUAUUAGUUUGAUUCAAAAUCCAAAUUAAAGGAAGUGAUGUACUAGUUAAUAUUUGUAUUCACAAUGGAGCAGGCAUUUCCUAUCAUGCAGUAAUUAAUAAGUGUUCUUCCAUGCUCCUCAUAUACACUUCUUGUACUACUUUAUUAAUUCUAUGCUCUCUAUUUUUUUUU